AUGAUUGAGGGGAGUGCUAGCUGGAAGACCGGUUUUAUCAUCAUGGAUCCAAUAGCAGCAAAAAGUCUGUGUUUGAUGUUCAAAGGUUCUGGUAAGCAUUUAGCUUUUCGUAUAUAUCAAUCUAUUGCCGAUAUGUAUUCAAUGCUUAUUACCAGUGAUAAUUCGUCGUCAACAAUAACAACAACGCCAAUAAAUUCACAGACAACAUGUGAUGCUACUACGACUGAUAAUUUCAGUACACAAUGUGAUUUUGAAUUUAAUCAGAAAUUUGAAGAAUGGCUUAAGACCAUAGAAGAAAGUGAACGUAUCAGUGGUGAUCAAACACUAUGGAAGUGGUGUGGUCAGAGUGAUGCUUUUGGCUUCUUACCUACACGUGCGGGUAUGAAUCAACUUGGUGGUAUUUAUGCUAAUGGACGGCCAUUACCGGUACAUCUUCGGGAACGUAUCAUUCAAAUGGCUGCUUCGGGAACUAAACCUUGUCAGAUAUCACGCCAAUUACGCAUAUCGCACGGCUGUGUGUCAAAAAUUCUAUCUAGAUAUCGAGAUACGGGCUCAAUUCGACCUGGCAAAAUUGGUGGAUCAAAACCCAAGAAAUCGCUUCCUCAGAGACUGGUCAAAAAUGACCUUACUAACUCUUGUGAACAUCCAUUCGAUGGUACAUAUAAUCUCAUAUUAGCAGUAGAGUUAACAUAA